UCUCCCAUUAAGCUUCUUCUUUGUUCUUUGCGAAUUGGGAACUUGCGAGCUUGUGCCUCACGAAGCCGUGCCUCACUGAAGUUGCGAGUUGGGUCGUGCCUCACUGAGUGACUACCAGUCAUCUACCACGGCACCACCAAGCACCAACGACGUGAGCCCAUCUCCCUCAGGCCUCAGGAAGGUCUGAAAUAAUAUGACAUCUAAUUCCAAUCCUGAAGGUUCAUCCCAAACCCCAAGUGCUAGUGACAGUAGCAAAAAUGUAAGGGGGAAAAGUGAUCCAGCAUGAAGGUAUUGUAAGCAUGUGCAGGAAACCAAUUUUGUUGGAAGACCAAAGAAUACAAUUAUAUGUAUGUACUGCCUCAAAGAGAUUAAAGGUGGUGGAAUCAACCGUUUCAAAAUUCAUUUAUCUGGAGUUAGUGGUCAAGGAGUUGAGAGAUGCAAGAAGGUUCCUGCUGAGGUUCAAAAUGAAAUGUUGCAAAAUGUUACAUCUUACGAGAAUAAAAAAAGGCUAUCCCAAGAUCGUUAUGAGGAUCAAUAUGGAGAUGGUCCUGCAACUGAAGAUGAUGAAGUUGAAGAAGUGAUGUGCAAGAGAACUAAGUCAACUAACACUGCAAAAAAGGGGAAGAAGAAAAGUAUUGAUAAUCCAAUAAAUUCUUACUUCAUGUCUAGGACGAGUCCUGGAUCUCAACCAACCAUCAAAAGUGUCUUGCAAUCUCAAGAGGCAAAAGAAAAGGUGGACCUUGCCAUUGCCAAGUGGAUGAUAGAUGCAUCAAUUCCAUUCAACCUACUAACUCAAAACUUUAUCAACCGAUGAUUGAUGCAAUAGCAAGUAUAGGACCAGGUUAUAAAGGUCCUAGUAUUCAUGCUGUUAGAGGUAAAUUGUUGGGUAAAAGUGUGGAAGAGGUGAAGAUGUUUGUAAAAAAUUUUCACAGCAUUUAGAAAGUUACUGGCUGCACAAUCAUGUCUGACGGUUGGACAGAUCAAAAUAGCAGAACCUUAAUCAAUUUCUUAGUGUAUUGUCCCAAGGGAACAAUCUUUUUGAAGUCCGUUGAUGCCUCAGAAGCUUCUAAGACCGGUCAGUUGUUGUUCAAAUUGUUCAGGGAAGUUGUGCUAGAUGUGGGGGUGGAAAAUAUGGUGCAAGUGGUCACGGAUAAUGCCUCAAAUUAUGUCAUGGCUGGUAGGUUAUUAGAAGGUGAGUUUCCAAUUAUCUUGGUCUCCUUGUGCCGCACAUUGCCUUAAUUUGAUGUUUCAGGAUAUUGGAAAGCUUGAAGAUGUGAGUAGUGCUGUGAAACAUGCUGCUGGGAUUACUAAGUACAUUUACAAUCAUUGCUUUGUUUUGAAUUUGAUGAGGCAACACACAGGUGGUAGAGAAAUUAUUCAUCCAGCUCCAACUAGGUUUGCUACAAAUUUUGUUGCAUUACAAAGUAUAUUGGCUCAAAAAGAUGCAUUGCGAGCUAUGGUGACAUGUAAGGAGUGGAUACAAUCAUCAUAUUCAAAGGACGUGAAUGGAAGAAGAUUUGCUAAUAAUGUCUUGGAUUCAAAGUUUUGGAGUGAAUGUGGUAUUAUUGUGCAACUAACUGAACCACUUAUGCGUGUGCUUCGUUUGGUUGAUGGUGAUGAUAGGCCAGCUAUGGGUUAUCUGUAUAAGAGCAUCCAUGUAGCAAAGGAUGAGAUGAUCAGGUGGUUUCAGAGAAAGAAGAGAAGGGUCCAACCAUUAUUGUCAAUUGUAGAUUCUCGGUGGGAUAGUCAAUUGUACAAGAAUCUCCAUGCUGUUGGUUUCUGGUUGAAUCCUAGUAACCAAUACAAUAUUGAAAAGAUGACAAAGCAUAGAGACACAGGAUCUGGUAUAUUGGAUGUGAUUGAGAAAUUCUCGUAUAGAGAUAUGGAUUUGAGUGAUAAGUUGACUUCUGAGAUGAGGAUUUUCGUAGAUGCUGAAGGAGAUUUUGGGAGAAAGACUGCCAUAAAUGACCGAGACACAAUGCUUCCCACUGAGUGGCGGAGAUACUACGGAAAUUCUGCUCCUAAUCUUCAAAAGUUGGCUAUGCGUGUGUUGAGCCAAACUUGUAGUUCCUCAGGGUGCGAGAGGAAUUAGAGUAUUUUUUAGCACAUCCACACAAAAAAAAGGAACAGGUUGGAGCAUCAGCAGCUAAAUGAUUUGAUUUAUGUUCACUAUAAUUUGAGGCUACAACAGAGGAAUUAUUGACAAGGUCGGAACUAUGAUCCAAUUAAUUUUGAAGAUUUCACCUCCUAUGGUUCAUGGAUCUUAGAAGAGGAACCUCCUCUCUUGACCAUUGAAGAAGUUCAAGCAUUUAGAGAAUUGGAUGCUUCUUCAAGCAUCCAAGAUAACAAUGUGGAGAUAAAUUUGGAUGAGGCUUUCAUUGGGGAUGAGGAGGAAGAUGAUGAUGAUGAUGUGUCACCACAACAAAACCGAUUGAAUGUUGAGAUGAGUAUCCCAUUUUUCACUGAGAAUCUUGGUGGAGAAACUCAAGUCAAUGAACAAAAUAACUAGUGCUUGGAAUUUAUUUGGAACUUUGUAUUUGGAAUUUCAUAUUUAGACUUUAGAACUUUGAGUUUGGAACUUUUAAGUUUGGAUUUGAACUUUAUGUAUGGACUUUGGUAUUCUCGAUUGUUUAUUUGCAACUUUGUGUUUGGAACUUUUAAGUUUGAAUUUGAA